AUGGAGAGACGCACGUAUGGAUUCGAGACGACCAUCUCCAGAGACGCCGAUAAGGGCGUCUUCAGUGUCAACAAUGCAGCGCUCCACAUGGCUACACUCCGUGUGAAGCCGCGGCUUCUCACCAAGAGGAUGCUAAAGCUCUACUGGUGUAUCGGCGUGGCGAUGCUCAACUCGUGUAUAAAUGGCUACAACGGUUCGCUCAUGGGGUCGAUAAACAGCUACAGACAGUACCGCGAGUACUUUGGUUUCGAUCUGGAAGAGGGAACCUCGACGACAGGCAUCGUGUAUGCCAUCUACACAAUCGGGAAUAUCGUUGGUUCGUUCUUUGCCGGCCCGUUUACGGAUUUUCGAGGUCGCCGCAUGGGCAUGGCUAUCGGCGCCCUCUGGAUCAUAGCCGGCACCAUCGUGCAAGCAACAUGCCACAACCUCGGCGGAUUCAUGGCCGGCCGGUUCCUGCUCGGUUUUGGCGUCGCAACCUCUGCCACAGCAGGGCCCGCAUAUGUAUCGGAAAUGGCGCACCCGGCGUACCGCGGCGCAAUGACGGGCUUGUACAAUGUGCUGUGGUUUGGCGGCGGGAUCCCAGGGACGUUCAUCCCCUGGCGCACCAGCACGAUUGACGGGACACAGAGUUGGCGCAUCCCGGUCUGGUUGCAGAUGGUGUUUUCCGGGCUCGUCUUGCUGCUCUGUUUUACGAUACCCGAGAGCCCCCGCUGGCUUAUCUCCUGCGACAGACACGAGGCUGCGAUCCGCGUGCUCGCCGAAUAUCAUGGUGAGGGUGACCGAAACUCGCCCCUCGUGCAGCUUGAGUACCGCGAGAUGCUCGAGGAUAUCUCCAACGUCGGUGCUGACAAGCGGUGGUGGGACUACCGGGAGCUUUUUGAUAGUCGAGAGACGCGGUACCGGUCUAUGCUCGUUGUGUUCAUGGCCUUCUUCGGCCAAUGGUCUGGCAAUGGCCCGGUCUCCUACUACUACCCGCAAAUGCUCGCGGGCGCAGGCAUAUCCUCAAACCACACACGGCUCCUGCUGCAAGGUCUGCAGAAUAUCGUACAAUUCACCGGCGCAAUCUUUGGCGCCCUGAUCACCGACCGCGUCGGGCGUCGUCCACAGCUCCUCGUAUCAACAUCGAUCAUUGUCUUCCUCUUCGUGAUCAUCACCGCGCUGAACGCGACAAACGUCCAAGUUGCCGGAGACGGCGGCGGAGUCGUCGCAAAGAGCAGCGUCACGGCGCGCGCGCAGAUCGCGAUGAUUUUCAUCUUUGGGUUCGUGUAUUCGGCCGGGUGGACGCCGAAUCAGGCGAUGUACCCUGUGGAGUGUCUGCGGUAUGAGAGCCGGGCAAAGGGUAUGGGAAUGAAUAACUUUUUCAUCAACAUCGCCUCCUUCUAUAACACCUUUGUGACAGGAAUCGCCUUCACGCGGAUUGGGUGGAAGUAUUAUUUCCUCUUUAUAUUCUGGUGCACGUUUGAAGUGUUGAUAAUCUAUUUCCUAUUUGUGGAGACAAGUAAGCGUACACUGGAGGAGUUGACGGUGAUCUUUCAACAAAAACGACCUGUGCAGGCGAGUCUGGAUAAGGAGGAGAUUUUCGUCUCGGGAGACGAGAUUGUAGAGGUUAGGAGUUGGUAG